UCCGGACUGGAAGGGGGUGAAAGUGUCCGGACUGGAAGGGGGGGAAAAGUGUCCGGACUGGAAGGGUGGGGAAAGUGUCCGGACUGGAAGGGGGUGAAAGUGUCCGGACUGGAAGGGGGGAAGAAAGUGGUCCGGACUGGAAGGGGGGAAAGUGUCCGGACUGGAAGGGGGGGAAAGUGUCCGGACUGGAAGGGGGGGAAAGUGUCCGGACUGGAAGGGGGGGAAAGUGUCCGGACUGGAAGGGGGGAAAGUGUCCGGACUGGAAGGGGGGGAAAGUGUCUGGACUGGAAGGGGGGAAAGUGUCCGGACUGGAAAAGGGGGGAAAGUGUCCGGACUGGAAGUGGGGGAAAGUGUCCGGACUGGAAGGGGGGGAAA